CCAGGCCUGCAGAGAGCGCAUCGCUCGACUGCCGCGCGUACUUCGCUGGGACAGUGGAAAUCAUACGUGCUCCAGUCUCUUUAGAGCCGCGCCCAGAUCAUAUAUAACGGGCCCAGCAGCCUGCGUGUGUUUCCCACCACCACAAGAACAGACGGCACAAUGACGACCCUGAACAUCCAAGGCAAGAUCCUCACCCCGGCGUCAGGCGAGGCCUACACUACCGCGCUCACGCGCCUCUCGGAGCUGUCGCAGCUGCCCGCAGGCUACAUCGUGCAGCCAUCAAACUAUGCCGACGUCGCUGCCGCAGUCAAGUUCGCGCAGGCGCAGAGCCCGCCGCUUGAGAUCGCCAUCAAGGGCGGCGGCGCCCACGGCGCGACGUGGGCAAGCUCCUCGGGUGGGCUCGUGGUCGACCUCGGUGCCACGCUGCGGAACGUCACGGUGGCGUCCGACAAGCAGAGCGUUGUCGUGCAGGGCGGCGCACUCUGGGGCGACGUGUACGAGGUGACCGCGAAGGAGAGCGUUGAUGUCGUCGGCGGGCCACUCUGGUUCAUCGGCGUCGGCGGGUUCACGACCGGCGGUGGGUACAGUCCGCUCGGCGGCGAGCGGGGGCUCGCGAUAGACAACUUGCUCUCCGCGACAGUCGUCCUCGCAGACGGGCGCAUCGUGAAGACGAGCAAGGACGAGGAGCCGGACCUGUUCUGGGCGAUUCGCGGGCGUAGACUGAGAAGAACGUCAGGCGGAGGCGGACAAUUUGGUAUCGUUGUGGAGUUUGUCUUCAAGGCCUAUCCUCCUCAAGGUCCUUAUGGCGUUGGAGUGCUUGCAUACCCGGGUACUGAGAUUGAGAAGGUGAUAAAGGCAGUCAAAGAUUGGAAAACGACGCAGACACCUGCCGAGACACUAGGGAUUAACUUCUCUCGGGCUCCCCCUCACUUCCAGCCAUCCGUGGCGUUACUGCCGACGAUCUUGCACGACACCAAUGGCGAGCGCUCCGCCAAAUUACUUGCACCCUUCCACGAUCUUAAGCCGGUAUUCGAGAAGACUGGCACAGUGCCCGACCUGAACAUGGUUUCACACGGUGCCGACGGGUCCCUCAAGAACGCGCCGCGGCGAGUCGUCAUCCGUGGCGCCAUGUUUAGCGACUUUUACCCUGAGCUGGUGCUCGCCAUUUGGCAGAAAUGGGUCGCGUUCACCGAGACCAGCGAGGACGUCCGAGCGUCCUCCGUCUUCUUUGACCUUAUGAGCUCGAAGAAGCUCGUCGAGGUCGGAGCGGCAGAUACUGCACUGGCGCUGCGCGUGCCACACAACUGGGUGGCCGUCCAGGGAAAGUCGACGACUGACGCCGGAGUUGCAGCCGCAGACGAGUGGGCAAAGUCUCUCUCCGGCUUCAUUCGGCAGAAGAAUGCAGAGCUGUCGGGCAAGGACCUUGGAUGGUUCAUAAACAUGUGCCAGGGUGAGGAGAAGCCUGAGGACAUCUUUGGUGAUAACCUGCCUAGGCUGCGGAAACUGAAAGCGAAGUAUGAUCCCCAGAAUGUCUGGAGCAAGGGAGUGGCCCUCGCGCCUCUGCACGAAUGAUUUAUAGACACCUUAGACACAAAGUGUACAUCAGCUCGGACUAAUAGGUGACUGACGGCGAUUACUACGAAUAUUCUUCUUUACGCACGUAAUGCACGGAGGGCCUAUAUACCGUUGAAGAAUUCAAUGAGACCACAGGCAUACUAGACCU